AUGAAAACUAUCUUGUUUUAUUUCCUUUUCAGACGAUCUUCAAAUUCAACGGAAUUUAUGGAAGAGGAUAUAUAUAACUUGAAACGACGAGAACGAAGAGUACCAGUGGUUUUAAAUAAUAGUAACAACAAAGAUGGAGAAGGUGAAGAUAAUGACGACAAUAAAGAUGAAGAAUUUACUUAUCAUGAUAUGAAUUCUCAUGAAAGUUAUAAAUGCAUUGCUUCUUAUGUUUCUUUUACCGAAAACCAGGAAACACCUGAAACCCUUGAUGCCGAAGAAUACAUAUCACUUUAUGAAUCUGUCAAUAAUAUGAAAGAUACGUGA